AUGGGGUCGGACGGGCCCGUCUCCAGCGCCCACGCGAGCCCCGCCCCUGCGUCCGACGGACCCAGCGGCCACAGCGCGCGCAGCUCGACGCAGCCCGCGGCCUCGCGCGCCAGCGACCCCGACGCAGCCGCACCGAGUCGGGCAGCGGCGCCCCGGGCCGGCACGAGCCCCGGCGACGACGUGCAGCCGAGCGGCGCGUCACAUGCCUUGCACGCCGCUGCGGCGAUAGAUCCAGGGCCCCCGGCGCCUGGUGGCGGCGGCAGCGUGCGCGGCGCCUCGCAGGGUGCCAGCGAUGCGCCACCAUCUGCGGCGGUGCGCGCGAAGACAACGUCGGAGCACGUGGCCGCGAGGAACGGAUCCGCGCUGGAGACCGACGCGGCGCCGCUGCAGGCGUCGUCGUCGCACGCCGCCCCGGCGGCGUCGCGCGGCGGGCACGCCCCCGCGAGCGGCGUGAUGCAGCGUCUGGCGUCGCUGAAGCUGGCCGCCGAGGGCCGCCUGUCGUCCGGGAACAAGGAGGUCGACUCGCCGGGGCCCGGGAGUGCCGCGGUCGUGGGGAACGACUGGGGGGUCGACUUGGACAAGGUGUCUGACGGGAGCCUGCACUACCCCUACGAGGCGCUCAAGGCGGGGCGGGAGUGGCCGAGCGACGUGAACCCCGCGGCGCGCGAGCAGUACUUGACGGAGGAGGACUUUCUGGAGGUGUUCGGCAUGAGCAAGAGCGCCUUCGCGCGGUUGGCUGGGUGGCGGCAGGCAGCGCUCAAACGCGACAAGGGGCUGUUCUGA